AUGGUGGUUUACCCACGUUGGUGGGUACAAGCUGUCACUGGUGAUACAUGUGAGGCGAAAGAAUACUCAGAUAUUGUUAAUGGCAAAGAAGAUGACAUCGACAAGAACAAGAAAGAAGACUUCUCCUCAGAUAAUGUCAAAUCAGACGACGCCAUACAUCAUGACGUCACAUUCAAUGAUGUCACGCUUGAUGGCGCUACCUUGGAUGACGUAGCAGACGCGAUCCCAGAUUUGAUUUCGAAACAUCAUCUCGUCAAACGGAGUGUCACUAACCAUGAAUUGGAAUUUCUGGUUGUUACAGACUAUUCUGUAUAUAAAUAUUGGUAUGACGUCAGCACGGCCAGUACUUCUUCAGCCAAGGCCAUUGAAGCAAAAGAGUCUAUUCGUCAGUAUUACGCAUACGUCAUCAACGAGAUAGACAUGAAAUAUAGUGACCUGCAGUCAUCCGUUAUUUCAAUCGAUGUGGUCCUCGCUGAUAUCGUGAUCGCCGACACCGUGGCCAGCUCUCCCUGGACGGAGGAUACAGUGGUCGACGGAAAGGUGGACGCUGCGACCGUUCUCGUGAAUUUUACGACAUGGCACCAAACCGCUACCAACCUUCCUGGACACGAUCACGCCAUGCUAUUUUCAAAGUAUGAUUUCACGGCUGUCAUCGGUGGAACAGUGUCUGGUGGCGUGGCUGGUUUAGCGUUCCGGCCUGGGAUAUGUAAAACUAACAACGUUGCAGUAUGUGAGGAUAAAUUCAACUUCAACAUGAUGACUACAGCUGCACAUGAGCUUGGACACAAUUUGGGAUCCCCACAUGACGGAAUAUAUAACUUGUCUCUGUGUAAUAGCUCGUUCGGAUACAUCAUGGCACCGGUGACCUUGACAAUGACUGAAGAUGACGCCUCAAAUCCCUGGAUUUUCUCCAGCUGUUCUGUGACGUCAUUCGAAGACCAAAUCGCCACACUAAAUAGUCAGGGUAACAAUUGUCUUCUGACCUUGAGUAAACCUCUUGACCCGACGGCCUUGACUCCUUACGAUCAGGAGAUCCCAGGUCAGUUGACCCCGCCGGACGAGCAGUGCGCGCGACUGGAAGGAAAUGGAUCAUUUCUAUGCAGGAGAUUUUACGAGAAGGAUUACUCCACCAUGUGUUACGCCAUGUAUUGUCAAGACCUUGAGAGUAAUUUAUGUUUCAACUACGUCCCGGCAACAGGCACCACAUGUGGUGAUCACAAGUGGUGUGUGCGUGGUGUCUGUGUUUACAAUUCAACGGCACCUGCUUCACUUGGUUGUCAAUUUGGCGACCGUUCCUCCACAUGUGACGUCACGAAAUGCGACACGUACUCCUCAACCAGAUUGGCAAAUUGUUGUGAGACCUGUUACGUUGCACCGACAACCACAACUACCACUCCAACAACCACAACUACCACUCCGACAACUACAACUACCACUCCAACAAUCACAACUACCACUCCAACAACCACAACUACCACUCCAACAACCACAACUUCCACUGCAACAACCACAACUACCACUCCGACAACUACAACUACCACUCCAACAAUCACAACUACCACUCCAACAACCACAACUACCACUCCAACAACCACAACUACACUACAACCAACAACUACAACGACAAAGCCAACACACGACAACUAA